UGGGCGUGUUUGCGCGAUGGGCUGUCCUAUACGUUUGAUUGCAGCGUCACGUACGUCGGAUGUAGAAAGUGAGGUAGUUGUUAUAGUAACCCUCGGUGUCAAAAAGCUUCCGUAUACCCCAGCCUAACGGAACGGCGCUAUGUGAGGACGGGAGCCAUGCGCAGCAGUCCGCAUGUCCGGUUACAUGUGUUGUGGACGGAUUGAGUGUGAGUGCGCGGCUCAGUGAGGGCCAGGCUCCUGUCAGCGCGGCAGAAGGAGUGAACGCACCUUCUCAGACUGUAUGAUCCAUGGCUGACAGGAAGUGUUUGAAGUAACUACAAUAAGAAUUGCACGUGAUAUCAAUGCUUUUCAUCUCUCCUGACGAUGGUAGACAUUGGGAAAUGGCCAAUCUUCGCUCUCUGUCCGCCAGAUGACCUGAAGUUUGUUCAGCAGGCCUGUGUGUUUGGUGCUGGAAAUGAGGUCCUAUACAUAACAAAAAGUGACGAGGUAUUUGUAAUAGGCACAAACUGCAGUGGCUGUUUAGGCACCGGGGAUGGUCAAAGUACCAUUGAACCAAGACGUCUAGAUGUGCUUUCUGGAAAGAAGAUAGUUGGUCUGAGCUAUGGAAGUGGCCCUCAUGUGAUCAUCAUCAAUUCUGAUGGUGAGGUAUAUAGCUGGGGUCAUAAUGCUUAUAGCCAGUUGGGCAACGGAUCAACCAGUCAAGCACUCAUUCCUUGCCAGGUCUCCACUAACUUGAUAAACAAAAAGGUUAUCAGUGUGGCAUGUGGCUCUCACCAUUCAAUGGUGGCAACAUCAGAUGGAGAGGUUUAUGCUUGGGGCUAUAAUAACUCGGGCCAAGUUGGAUCAGGCUCUACUGCCAAUCAGCCAAUACCCAGGAAAGUCACCAGCUGUUUGCAGAAUAAAAUCGUAAUAGGAAUUGCGUGCGGCCAGAUGAGCUCCAUGGCUGUUGUGGACAAUGGAGAGGUAUAUGCGUGGGGCUACAAUGGAAAUGGGCAGCUGGGGCUGGGCAGCAGUGGCAACCAGCCAACACCAUGUCGGAUAGCAGCUCUACAGGGUGUUCGAGUGGAGCAGGUUGCGUGUGGAUAUGCACAUACAUUGGCUUUAACAGAUGAAGGUGGAAUAUAUAGUUGGGGAGCCAAUUCCUAUGGCCAGCUGGGAAUAGGGAAUAAAAGCAACCAGUCCUAUCCUGUCCAAGUGUGUGUGGAAAAGGAGAGAAUAGUUGAGAUUGCCGCUUGUCACUCAUCUCACACAUCUGCUGCCAAGUCUCAAAGUGGUCAGAUCUAUAUGUGGGGCCAAUGUCGAGGACAAUCUGUUAUCCUUCCACAUCUCACCCACUUUGUCUGCACCGAUGAUGUUUUUGCUUGCUUCUCCACACCUGCAGUAAUGUGGCGUCUCCUGUCUGUAGAGCCAGAUGGCCACCUCACAGUUGCUGAAUCACUAAAGAAAGAAUUUGACAAUCCAGACACAGCUGAUUUCAAAUUUUUAGUGGAUAAUAAAUACAUUUAUGUCCACAAGGUUCUUCUUCAGAUCAGGUGUGAACAUUUUCGUUCAUUUCUGCAAGGCAGUGAAGGAGGAGUAAUUGAAAUGAAUCAGUUUUCCUACCCAGUUUAUCGGGCUUUCUUAGAAUAUCUCUACACAGAUAAUAUCAGCAUUUCUCCUGAAGAUGCAAUUGGUCUGUUGGAGCUGGCGACAUUAUACCGAGAGAACAGAUUGAAACAGCUCUGCCAACAAACCAUUAAGCAAGGAAUAUGCGAAGAGAAUGCAGUCGUUCUGCUGUCAGCAGCUGUUAAGUAUGAUGCUCAGGAUCUAGAAGAGUUUUGCUUCAGGUUCUGUAUAAACCAUAUGACGGUGGUUACCCAGACAGAUGCCUUUGCCGAGAUGGACAGUGACCUUCUCAAGAACUUCAUUAAUAAAGCAAGCCGAGUCGGAGCAUUCAAGAACUGACUGUGCUAAACCGAAGUGGUGCAUUCUGGGAUUACCACCUCCUACAUUCGAUCUAAAAUUGAAUUUGCCGAGGACUUGAUGUAUUUACUUUUAGUUCAGAAACAAGUGAGAUAUCAUUGUGAUUAAAUUUAAUUUUUAGGUAUUUAAUUUUAAAUCUCGUGAUGUGCAUUGUUUUAUUUGCAGCUGAUCUGCUUAUUCCUACCUUUUUUUAAAUGAAAAUUUGGGAAAGCUUUGAAUCAAAAUGUAUUUUUAUUUUAAAAGUAAAAUCCUUAAACAAAUCCUUUUAUUGGUGGGUCAGGCUUCAAAAAAAUCAGUAAUAAGGUAUUACUUUUUACUGACCAGUGAAUACAGUAUUGUUUCCGCUACUAUAUCAUUCUAAGAGAUAUUCUCUGGUCCUUCGAUAUACUCCGUGACCAACAUACACAGGUAAUCUAGACUUGGAUUUUCUCCUGAUUUAUUAUGUAAUAACUGGCAUUUAAGUAUGUGUAAUAAAAUAAAGCAGCAUUAUGUCAAACAAUGGCAUAAUGAAGAUA